AUGGCUUCCGGCGGCUCCCCUGGGCGCUGCUCUUCUGAGCCCUGUACGGGGCCGCUGGGCUGUGCAACUGCCUCACUGUGCCCCACCGACACAAGCUGCCUCCCCAGCACUUGCGCUUCAUCCAGAUGUCAAAGCCCUAGCUUCCUCUGCAGGGCUCACCUCCCCGCCGGUUGCGGUCUGUCACCGUGUUACUUUGCCAGUGGUUGCAGCAGCCCGUGCCUAGCGGGGAGCUGUGCAUGGUGUGAGGAAGGGACGUUCAACAGCAACGAGAAGGAGACGAUGCAGUUCCUGAAUGACAGACUGGCCAGCUACCUGGAGAGGGUGAGGAGCCUGGAGGAGGACAACGCGGAGCUGGAAUGCAGGAUCCGAGAGCAAUGCGAGCCCGAUGCCCCACUGGUGUGCCCCGAUUAUCAGCAUUACUUCGACACCAUUGAGGAACUCCAACAAAAGAUACUGUGCACGAAGGCAGAGAGUUCGAGACUCGCCGUACAGGUGGACAACUGCAAACUGGCUGCCGAUGACUUCAGGUCAAAGUAUGAGAGUGAACUCUCGCUCCGCCAGCUGGUGGAGAAUGACAUCAGUGGCCUUCAUGGGAUCCUGGGUGAGCUGAACCUGUGCAAAUCAGAUCUGGAGGCCCAUGUGGAGUCUCUGAAAGACGAUCUCCUUUGCCUCAAGAAAGGCCAUGAAGAGGAGGUCAGCCUCCUUCGGGAGCAGCUCGGAGAUCGGCUCAGCGUGGAGCUGGACUCCGCCCCCACCGUGGACCUCAACAAAGUCCUGGAUGAGAUGCGCUGUCAGUAUGAGAGGGUACUGGCCAACAACCGCAGGGAUGUGGAGGAGUGGUUCGCCGCUCAGACGGAAGAACUAAACCAGCAGCAGACGUCCAGUGCCGAACAGCUGCAAGGCUGCCAGACGGAAAUGCUGGAGUUGAAGCGCACGGCCAACACUCUGGAGAUUGAGCUCCAGGCGCAGCAAACCCUGAUGGAAUCUCUGGAAUGCACUGCGGCAGAAACCGAGGCCCAGUACAGCGCACAGCUGGCCCAGAUGCAGUGCCUAAUUGACAGCGUGGAGCACCAGCUGGCCGAGAUCCGCUGUGACCUGGAGCGUCAGAACCAGGAGUACCAGGUGCUGCUGGACACCAAGGCCCGGCUGGAGUGCGAGAUCGACACAUACAGGAGCCUGCUGGAGAGUGAGGACAGCAGACUCCCCUGCAACCCAUGCUCUGCAGCAUCCAUAUCAAACAGCGUGUGUGAGCCGUGUUCAGCCUACGUGAUCUGCACAGUUGAAAACUGCUGUGCAUAA